AUGGACCAGGAGGCUCGAGACGAACCGAGCAGCACCGUGUGCGGUUUAUACGACCAGGAUCUAACUCACAAGACGAUCCUGGUGGGAGACAGCGGUGUAGGAAAGACAUCUCUGCUGGUACAGUUUGAUCAGGGGAAGUUCAUCCCUGGAUCCUUCUCUGCUACAGUGGGCAUCGGCUUCACGAAUAAGGUGGUGACGGUCGGCGAGGUGACAGUUAAAUUACAGAUUUGGGACACGGCCGGACAGGAGAGGUUCCGCAGCGUGACUCAUGCUUACUACAGAGAUGCUCACGCUCUGCUCCUGCUGUACGACAUAACCAACAAGUCAUCGUUCGACAACAUCAGGGCGUGGCUUACUGAGAUCCACGAAUAUGCACAGAGUGAUGCUGUCAUCAUGCUGCUCGGAAAUAAGGCUGAUAUGAACAGUGGGAGAGUGAUCAAACGUGAGGAUGGAGAGAGGCUGGCCAGGGAGUAUGGUGUAAUAUUUAUGGAGACGAGUGCUAAGACUGGAGUCAAUGUAGAUUUGGCCUUUAUGACCGCAGCAAAAGAGCUGAUCGGUCGCUCUCUUGAGCUGCCCAGAGAGCCGAGGUUCCAGAUCAACGACAACGUCGAACGAGAACCACAAAAAUCAACCUGCUGUGGAUUUACAUAAACGUCACAGAGAACAACGGACAAGGGAAUGAGGAAAGAAAAUAAUCAAUCCGAGCUGCAUCAGGCCAAACACAGACUUUACACUGACAGGAAGAGGUAGAGAAAGUAAAUGAUGUAUCAGAACAGAUCUAAACCACUCCAGUCCUCGAGGGCCACAUAAUAGUUUGAUCAGAGACAGUUGAUAAUUAACUAAUGAUCAAAUCAGGUAUGUCAGAGGAAA